GCGACCAAGCGGUGCCGAAGCGCGGGGGGGAGGAGUGGGUGCCGCGUUGCAGCCCCGAGCAUCCCCAGGAAGGGGCGCUGCUGCUCGCGGGGUGUGCAGCGCCGUGCACCGCGCCCGGGGCAGCAGCUGGCAGGGGUGGCCCAGGCCUGGGUGCUGGGGCCCUGGGCACCCUCUGGGGCUGGGAUCCAGGCAAGCAUGGGGGCUGCUGCCCAGGGCAGCCAUGCCCAGCCUGGGGGCACAGCCCAUACCUGGCCCCAUCUGCACCAGCUGGGGGCGCUGCCUGGGGGUCGCCCAUGACCUUUGCCCCCUGCUGGAAGCCCCUGGGCAGGGUGCUGCAUGCAUGCUGCAGCCCUGGCGCGCCGGGCGCGUGCACCGCUGUUGCUGGCAGCCCCGACGUGGGCCGCGGAGAGCUCGCCGGGCACCGGCUCCAAGCCCCGCAGAGCAAAGCCCAGGCGUCCUAAACGCCAGGUUGAGCCGCGAGUCGAGAAGAUGCCGCACGGCGGAUGCCGGGACACGGGCGUCGUUUGUCGCAGGACAUUUUCCCCUCCAUCUCUGCUAACAGCAUCCCCCCGCAGAGCCGGCCGGCCGUUUACACCGGUUUUGAUCCAAGGCCGCAAUUAGGAGCUUGCAGCCUUUCGGUCCGAGCCGCGGGUGCACCCAGGAUAUGCGGUUUGAUGCCCUCCAAAUGGGCGCCGGUAAAGGGAUGCGUGUGGUCCGGUUGCUGCACGGUGCUGGACCGUCAGGGCUGGCUCGGGUCCCCCUCCUUCCCUCCCUCGCGCGUCUCCGGCCUCGUCUCCGCGUUUUCCUUCGCGCACAGGUAUCGCUGUUGAGAUUCAGAGCACGCUUCCCGAAGGGAACAACCGCCCGGUGGUGCAGACAGUGUUAUGAUGAACGGCUUUCCCCUGGAAUCGGAGAGGCUUUAUUGCGAGUUGGGCCAAGUCCCCAUGGGAAGCGUUCAUUUCUCUCCAGGAAAAUAUCGUUCUGUCGAGAGUUUGGUGGCGCCAGCGGCGCUCGGAGCAUCUCCGCCGAGCCCCGGCGAGGCAGGGAGUGCGGCACGGAUGCAAAAUUAAAGCGAUCUGUCACUAAACUCGCACCUCUUUGAUAACAGGCUGCUGCACUAGGCCUAGGAGGGUUUGCUGGAGGCGGUGGCGCGCUGCAGGCAUGUUUCCACACGUGUGUUUCCCCGCUUCUGCUUCGCCUUGGCCCAUGCUCCGUUUGGGGCUGGCUCCACGGGGCUGGGCUGGGCUGGGUUGGGUGGGAAGCACCUCUCCACUUCGAACGUGUGCGGGUUCAAGCAUGGUGGCGGUUUGCAAGCAGGCAUAGGACGGCUGGUCCGCGGAUUCGGGACGCCCCUCUCCAGUUCCCGGCGGCACCCCCAAACUCUGGUGGGACCAUGAGCAGCCGCCGCGCCCUUCUGCGAUGCCACCGCCAGAGCAGGGGGGCUGCAAAGAUCAGUGCACCCGGGGUGCAAGGUGCUGCAGCCCUGGAGGGACCGGGCAGGGCUUUGCUAGAGCAGGCAUCCCUGCCCAAAGCUGUGCGUGCAGAAGAGAUGGGCACUGCAGCCCCCUGCCCAGGUGUGAGUGAUGCCCGGGGCAGCCCUGCAGGGAGCUGUCGCCGGCCCCUCCUGCGCUGCAGCCCGGCCCUGAUCCCGAUCCGGGUCCCUUUAAGAGUGGGGCUGGGCGGCUCCGUGCGCCCGGCUGCGGGGCGAUGCCACCGGCUCCGGCUGCUCCGCGCGUGCUCCCUGCCGCCAGCCCGGCCCGGCUGCACCUGCCAGGUAGGGGCAGGCGGAGCCCCCCGGGGCCGGGGGCGCUGCUGCCCCGGCUAGUCCUGGUGCCAGCCCUGCCACGGGGCUGGGGCCAGGCUGCCCGGCGCUGCAGGAGGCUCUGGGGGUGCAGGGGCUGGGGAGGAGGAGGAGAAGGAAGAGGGAGGGGAGGAAGGUCUCCCCCCAGAGCAGUGGGAGGCAGCUGGGCUGAGCUGCCCCUUGUGCCAGGGAGCCCUUCCCUUGCUGCUCUCUCCAUCCGCGCGGGUCCCCGCGCCCUUGCCCGCGCUGGCGGACGGUGUCCGGUGCGUCCUCAGCCCUUCCAGGGGCGCACGUGCCUCCCCUUGCCUUGGAGCAAGGUUGCGGGCUAGAUAGAGCCCCUGUGCCAGUGCUUCGUACCCCAGGCUGCACUUCUCUUGGGGAGGGGGAUGCGUGGCAAAGCCGUGGAUCUGCAUGAGCACCAAUGCCCAAGCUCCCUGGCAAAGCCCUGCACCUGUGUGAGCAUCAGCCCCCAAGCUCCCCGGCAGCGUGAGCCGCUCUCUGGGCAGCCCUGGGAGAAGUCCAGCCUACCGCUGUCCUGGCCGGGGGGAAGUGGCUGCGCCCGGGGCUGCCGUCUGCAGCAGGCUGUCCGUGUCCGGACAGCGCAGGGCUGCCUGCGAAGGGAGGAGCUGGGAGCAAUGCUGUGUCCUCUGACUGCUGAUCCAGAUCCAGCUCUGGCGUGCAAGGAUGGGCAGCUCUGGUGCAGCCUGAGCCACAGCAAGGAGGCUCUGAGCCCGGCCUCCCUGCUCCUGAGCAUCCUGGCCGCAGGGCCUGCCCAGUUCAUAAAGACCCCCGUCCUCCGCACGCUCCCAUCCAGCAAGGGCAUCGGCGAGGUCUCGCCUCGCGAGUCACCCCUGAUACCCCGGCGUCUCCAUCGGUGAGCACGUUCCCUGGGCCGAGCUCGGGCGGGAGGGCUGGUGCUGACCUGCUCGAGGCUUGUUUUUAAAUGUGGCUGAGCUUUGCUCCCCUCCUGCCCCGAAGGGAGACCCCUUGUCCUGCUUUCCAGCUGGAGCCUGUUCACGGCCAGAGCCCCACGUGUCCUGGUGCCGGCAGCAUCCCUGGGCUGCCCCAGCUCCUCACCUCCUCUCUGCCCUCCACCAUCCCCUUUUCCCUGAGCUGAGCGCGCCUUUCCUGGGCACGGUUGGAGUGAAUGGUCCGCAGCGUCCAGGCAGGGUCUCGCCAGGGCCUCGUGCGAUGGCACCGCCACUGCCCUGGCUGUCGAGGAGAUGCGCUGCCGUGCAGCGUGGCUCUCCCACCCCGGCACACCCAGACCCUCCUCCUCCUCGGUGGUUUCCAGCUGGCGAGCUCCCAGCCCGUUGCACUUAUUGCUGCUGGGUUGCUCCUGUUUCUGCGGCCGCGGCCCUCAAGGUCGCCCAGGUCUGGGCUGCUGUCCCGCCACGUGGGGUCACAGAUUUCGGCAGCGCCUCGUGCCCAGGUCCUGAAUGCAAAUGUUGAAUCAGACGGAGCUGGGAGGAACUCCCCUGCUCUUGGCUUCCCUUUUGGUGCCCUGCUUGCCCUCCCAGCUCUUGAUUAAUCAUUUCCCCAGUGGCGCCCCAUCACAUGCUUUGCCCAAGCCCGGAUAAACGAGAUCACCUUUCCUCUGCCCGGAGCGCCGGCUCUCGGGGGACGUAUCGGGUUCGUCUGGCUCCGUCUGCCCCCGUGACGCUCCUUGCCCUGUCUCUCACCAUCCUUCCCUGGAUGGUUAGUUGGAAGGCGCUGUGCCCUGCUCGCCCUUGGUCUUGUCUGUCCUGCAGCCUGUGGAGAAGGGAGCCGGGGGGAGGUGUGUACGUGCACAAUACCAAGCGUCACGGGGCCCCAGGCUCAGCUGGCAGCCCUCGGUGCUACUGUGCGACACCUGGUUAAUGGGCGCAGCGGAUCCGUGUGCCAGGAGUGGUGUCGAGGCCACUAGGCUUAAUUAAAGCUGCCUGGAGGACAUCCCUCUUGACGACGACGCUUGGCGACGGCGAAACACGGAGAGAGGCCUGUGAACGGGCGCAGAGCGAACGUCUGGUAUUGGCAUCCCUGAACCUGGCAGCUUCCCCCGGCUUCUCGCGACGCGCAGGGGUCCGGGGUCGUGCAGGUGGCUGCAUCCGGCUUGGCGCUCCAGGGUGGCCCGGCUCCAAGGAGCGCCCUGACGGCAGCUCCCGGGGUAAAUCCACCCUCGCUGCACAACAAGGACUUGUGCAAAGGAGGAGACUCGAUGACGGCCACGUGCACCCAGGGCCCCUGACUUCCUCCUGGGUGUGUAGCUGUGCGGGGGCCCUGGGGGGUGCAGGGCCAAAGGACGGUGGGUUUUCCUGCAAGCUUCUGCUUUGGGUCUGGCACAAAUCCAGGAUGCUUCUAGGUCGUGCCACCGCCGUUCUGCCACAGCUCGGGGGCCGCUGUGCGGACGUUGCCCUGAUGGGCAGCCUGCGAAUGCUGCUGUGCCCUGACGGGACUUCCCUGCAGGGCUGUGUCCGCGGCUUCCCGAAGCCAAGAACAAAGGGCUCUUCUGCUUCAGCAUCCUCUGGAGGAUGCACGGCUGCGUGCGGCACAGCUCAGGCUCUUCCCCGCCUCUCUGUGCGCGCAGCAGUUUUCCGGAUGCUUUCUUGCUUUCGGUUUCGAGGUUGCCUACAUGCUGAUGAGGGCCCCGUCCCUCCCAGGCAUGCCGCAGACCUGGCCUGAUGACAGGGACGGGGGGAGCUGUGCUUGUGCACGUGUGUGUGUGCAGUGUAGUGCGUGCAGGAGUGUAAGCGCUUUCUCCCUUCCUCCCCUGCUGAAGUCGCUUCGAUCUAUUUAAGAGAGCGAGCGCCGCUGGUCAGGUGCGGCCGGGCCGGUGGCUCGCUCUGCGGGCAGCAGGGACAAGCCGAGUGGGUUUGCUUGCCCACUGGCCCGGGCGACCGUCUGGUGCAUGUCGUGAUCCCCUGGACGCGGCGACGCAGGGCUCCCUCCCGUGCCAGCCCAGCUGUUCCCUCCAUGGGGAGUGCUGGUCCAAAGGUCUCCGUGCCAGGCAUCUGCUCUGUAAACCUGCCCUGACAUUGCCAGCGCCAGACCAGGUAGGAGCUGCCCAGCGAUGUCCUUCAAGCGCAGCCAGAAGCUGCACCUGCUGCGCCUCACCGUGCUGCUCGUGGUGGUCCUGGCCGGCAUCAAGUUCCUCUUCCGAGACAGUUUCACCCUGGAGCUGCACAAGCACAUCAGCAAAGACAGCGACUUCUGGGGCAAGGGCGGGGAUGUCCUCCCGGAGCCCGACCCCCGCAGCCAGCCCCUGGACCCGGAGGCCGACCAGAUCGCGGGGCCCAAGCAAGAUGCCAGGAAGCAGCUCUCCAAGGACUUCAGCGCCACCGAGAUGAGGCUGGUGCACCUGGACCUGAAGGGCGCUGCCCCCAAGGUGUCCUACCUGGAGCAGUUGUUCCCGCUGCUGUCCAGGCUGGGUGCCAAUGGGGUCCUGAUCGAGUACGAGGACAUGUUCCCCUUCAAGGGCGAGCUCGGGGUGCUGCGGGCUCCCUACUCCUACAGCGAGGACGACCUGGAGCGGAUCCAGCAUCUGGCACAGCUCAAUCAGCUGGAGGUGGUUCCCUUGGUGCAGACCUUCGGGCACGUGGAGUUCAUCCUGAAGCACGACCAGUACCGGCACCUGCGGGAGGUGGAGCGCUUCCCCAACAGCUUCAACCCCCACGUCCCAGACACGCUGGUUCUGCUCAAGAGCAUCCUGGCCCAGGUGAUGGACAAGCACCGCCGCGCCAGCUGGAUCCACAUCGGCGCCGACGAGGUCUUCCACCUGGGCGAGGGCACGGACUCCAAGAACUGGCUGAACCGCAACCAGGGCGACGUGGGGAGGAUGUACCUCAACCACAUCAAGGAGAUUGUGAGCUUCCUCGUGACCCAGUACUGGGGGCUCCGGGUCCUGCUGUGGGACGACAUGCUGCAGAAGAUCAACGUGGCCACCCUCCGAGAAUCGGGCAUUGCGAAGCAUGCGGCGCCCAUGGUGUGGUACUACGCGCCCGACUUUGAAGCCGAGCAGAUUGGAAACUUCAUCUCUAAGUACGCAGACAGCGGCUUCCAGACCGUGUGGUUCGCCAGCGCCUUCAAGGGCACCACGGGACCAGCCCAGCAGUGGACACCUCUGAGCUACCACCUGAACAACCACCUGAGCUGGCUCAAGGUGAUCCAAGCCAUGCCCAAAUUCCCGGCCAUCAAGUUCCAGGGCAUCGCCCUCACGGGGUGGCAGAGAUAUGACCACUACUCUGUGCUGUGCGAGCUGCUGCCCGUGGGCAUCCCCUCCCUGGCCGUGUGCCUGCAGACCCUGGUGAACGGUGGAUUCACGGACGCCACCAAGAAGAAAGUCCUGGAUGUCCUGGGCUUCCAGAAUAUCCACCUGGAGAAGAGCACGUGUGAUGGAGGUGGAGGGUUCCCUGGCUCCGAGAUCUACCGCAUAGUGGAGCAGAUCAACGGCCACCUCAGGGACAGCAUCAUCAAGGUCUUGGAGGAGGAGAGUGCUGUCAAGGGAUGGUUCAGCCGUUACCACAGGAAGCACCAGUUCGGCAACCCCCGCAACAUGGAGAGCUUCGGCAGCAAGGUGUUGAAGGUGCAGGAGGACUGGGAGAACCUGGUGCAGACCCUCCGCGCCCACCUGGAGAACAUCUUCUUCCCUGACCUGGUGGAGGAGUGGAUGGAGGAGAACAUCAACCCCUACCUGGACCGCCUGCGGGCCUUUGUCAAGGACUACCGUGAGGUCAUCCGCCUCAAUGCCCGGCCCAAGGUCUUGUAGGGGCCAGAGCCCAGGUGGGGCAGGAGGGGCCUGCUUGGCUGCUCCUGGCACUGCGGUGGCUCCAGCCAGGGUGCAUCUCCCUGCACGGGGCUGCUUGGUGCCCCCUGGGCUAGACCCCCGCACUGCCCCUCUUCCCAUCGCUGCCAUGGAGCAGAGUGGCCAAGACUCCCCACUAGUGUCCCUGGCUGUGGCUGCAGCAGCGGUGCCCAGGGUGGGGGACGCCUCUGCUGGUCUGUGGACCAUUGCUGCCAUCUGGAAGCUGCCAGAGGCCACCUUGCCCAGCCAGGCUCCUGCACCAGAGGCCCUGGUGCUGGUACAAGCCGCUCCGUGGGCGCACGGGGGGAGCAGGCUGCUCGGAGCAGGCCCUGCGAGCUGUGCCACUUCUUGUAGUUGCAAGCGACACGUAGGAACCGGGCAGGUCUGUGCCCUUCCCCUGCGCCCCAAAGCUGAAGCUGUAGUUUCAUUUCCCUCUGCCUUUCCCUGAAGCCAGCCAGCAUCAGGGGUUUGGGAGCCUGCCCCCCCCUCCCACAGGUGUGUGAGCACCCCCUGCUGGUCCCACAGCAGUGCUGCACCCUCGUUCCCGGGCAUCACCGAGGCUGGUGCAUUGACCCAGCACAACCUCCUAGGCCGGGGCAGCGCAGGGGCCGGGGUUCAACAUGCGUGUUGGUUCGUGCAUGGCUCUGGGCAGAGCACAUCCUAGCCCCUACGUCGGAGUUUGGAGCCGGGUGGUUUUCCGAGUGCGGCUUCUGCAAAUAAAGUAUUUUCUUACAAAAGAC